AAGGUCAUAUAAACUGAAAUAGAGGAAAUAAUAAAAAUACUAAUAAAGAAUGUAUUAUAGACUGUGUUGUGAUUUGUGAACGGUCUUGAAAGUUGAAACGCAGAUAGAUAGAUAGAUGAUAGAUGCAUCGCACCCCAGUUGGCCUUGUUUGCGCUGCACGUCGAAAUUUAAAAAAUAAAAAAUUGGAAUAGCCCAAAAACAGAAACUAACCCGGCUAGCUCAUAAUGGCAGAGGGACCCGCAUAUGAUUACGAUUUCUGAUUCUGAUUUCAUAAUUAUUUAUUUUCCUCCUCCAAUCUUCCUUCAGCCCUCCAAAUCCUAACCGUCAAUUCCAUUUCCAACGCCGCACCGGAAGUCAUGGGCAUGGACUACUACAACAUACUCAAAGUGAAUCGCAACGCCAGCGACGACGAUUUGAAGAAAGCCUACAAGAGACUCGCGCGUAUAUGGCACCCUGACAAGAACCCCGUCAACAAGACCGAAGCCGAGGCCAAAUUCAAACGAAUCUCCGAAGCCUACGACGUUCUCAGCGACCCGCAGAAGCGUCAGAUCUACGAUCUCUACGGCGAGGAGGCGUUGAAAUCGGGGCAGUUUCCCCCACCCCCGCAGUCCUCGUCCUCGUCGUCCUCGCGCGCCUUCCACCACCACCACCACCACCACCGCCAGAACAACAACCCUCCCCCGGCCUCGGCCUCGUCGUUCCGAUUCAACCCGCGCGACGCCGACGACAUCUACGCCGAGUUUUUCGGCCCGGACGACAUCGGCGCCGGUGCCUCGUCCCGCCGAGGCGGCGGCCCGGACGCCUUCUUCCGGACCUCCAACGGCGGAGGCGCCGCGUUCAGCGCCUCCGCCGCUGCAGGACGGAAGGCCGCCGCGGUGGAGAACGCGCUCCCGUGCAGCUUGGAGGACCUCUACAAAGGAGUCAAGAAGAAGAUGAAGAUUUCCAGGAACGUCUACGACGCUUUUGGCAAAUGUGGGGAUGUGGAGGAGAUUUUGACUAUCGAGAUAAAACCUGGCUGGAAGAAAGGAACAAAAAUUACCUUCCCAGAGAAAGGUAACCGUGAGCCUGGUGUCAUCCCAGCAGAUCUCAUUUUUGUGAUAGAUGAGAAGCCGCAUGCUCUUUAUAGAAGGGAUGGUAAUGAUUUGGUGAUCAACCAAGAGAUAACCCUUCUUGAGGCCCUUACUGGUAAAACGUUGGAUCUCACCACCUUGGACGGAAGGAGUCUCAUGAUCCCAUUGACAGAUAUUGUCAAACCUGGUGCUGAGGUUGUUGUCCCUAAUGAAGGAAUGCCUAUAUCAAAAGAGCCUGGGAUGAAGGGGAAUUUGAGAGUUAAGCUUGACGUCAAGUAUCCUUCAAGGCUAACUCCAGAGCAGAAGUCUGAUCUGAGGAGAGUUUUAGGUGGAAUCUCAUGAAUGUUUAAGUUUGCUGUUUGGUAUCACUAGUGAAUGCACGUUGUAAAUAUAUCAUGUGCAUACUGUUGAUGCAUAUGUGAAUAACAGGAAUACUCCACGGGUGAAACUGAGUAUAAAGAGCUAACAUACGAUGUGCCCAUAAUUUAGCAUUUGGACUUUUUUGCAGGGUAGGAAACAUAAACGACUGUUUGGAAAGCGUCAAUCUUAGUGAAACAGAUAGAUAGGUAAUUCAGCUGAGUUUCCAUCAUUUUGCAUCAACUUGUUUUGUCUUUUGGUUAAAGUCGUGAAGAUUACUAGUUUUGAGAUAGGUUCACAACGAGUCAUGCUGAUACCAUGAAAAUUGUAUAUAUUGAUUGUUUUUUUAUUGGAGGUUCCUUUAUUUAUA